UUUACCACAAAACCAGCAAAGAAUAAUUUAAACCUUUAGGAGUGGUUUCCCGGACAGGGAUUAGCUUAAACCAGGACUAGGCCUAGUUUAAUUAGGAAAUAUAACUAGUUUUAACAAAUAUCUCUUACUAAAAACAUUACUUGUGCAUUUUGAGGCAAAAGAAAGGGCACUGAUGUAUUUUAAGAUAUGGCAGUGCAAGUUGUUUUCAGUUUGGACAGCUAUUAAAAUUUAUUUUAGUUUAGGACUAGUCUAAUCCCUGUCCGGGAAACCGCCCCUUAAAGUGUUAUAAGAAAGGUCUUAUAAUAUAUCUGUUCUCGCCAUUAGUUUCAAUAAUCGGAUUUCAAUUGUACAAUCUGAAAAUGUAUUUAAUAAUUUCUAUCUUGUAGGAGUGAUAUCAAAUGAAAAAGGUAACGGAUAAACUGGAACUACUUGAAGCUCACAGCCUGCAUGGUUUUCGUCUAAAGUUCACCUUAGAGGCUAUAAUACGUUACAAUUGUAAUAAUUAACUUAAUCGGUGGAAUGAGACGACAUUUUCAAGUGAGUCAUUUCGCUUACACUGUAUGGAUAUCAACAACAUGAACAAAGAAAGGAUUGUGCUUUUGCUACUUUCACUUCCAACAGCUGCUCCAAAAGGCUCUCAUUCUUUUUGGUUGCUUGCAACUUACAUUAAAGGACAAACACAAUUUCCUCAGUUUAGUUACGUGUUGAUGCUAGAUGACGUGAGACUUCUGUAUUAUAAUGGUGAGACAAAGACCGUUAGUAGAAUAGGAAAUACAACAAAUGAAGACAAUGUGGUUGAUUCGAAAGUGCUCAUCACCAUAAGUGACAAUAUAGAAGCAUCUUUUCUAACCAAAUGGGCAGUAGCAACAAAAUCCCAAAAUAAAACUGAGGGUCCUUUUGCCUUUCAAAGACUGUUUUUGUGUGAGCUAAAGGAUAAUGGUGAAGGGGGACAAAUGAUCACACGAGAUGCUUUCCAAGGUUUCACCACAGAUGAGUUGCGAUAUGUUGAUAGGAAUUUUACAUAUCAUGGUACUUUAAAUGUCACAGCCCAGGUGUUGAAAUGGCACCUUGACAUCUCUAUGUGGCGUCAUGAAAAUCUAUACUACCCAGUCUGCAUGAAAACUCUCAAGGGUUAUCUUGAUAAAAGGAGAAAUCAAGUUAAUAGAAAAGUGAAACCCAAAGUCAGGCUUCUCCAAAAAGAUCUGUCUUCUGGGUUUUGGGUGACGUGUCUGGCAACAGGAUUUUACCCUCGGCACAUCAAUCUGACCCUGUUCAGAGAUGGACAGCCUGUAUCUGAUGAUGAGAUCAUAGGAGGAGAUCUACUGCCCAAUGAUGAUGGGACGUACCAGAUGAAGAAAAUCCUAAAGAUCAGUAAGGAAGAACAGAGAGAGAAACACAAAUACACCUGCACUGCCACACAUCUCAGUCUGGACAACAAACUGGACAUCACUUUGGGUAAUGAUCAUGGGACACCAUUAAAACCAGUGCUUUCCACAGUCCUAACAGUUUUGGCAUUGGUUAUUGUGACUGUGGCUGCAGUUAUUAUAUGGAGAAAGAAACAUGCAGCUUCUUCUAAAAGUGAAUAUUCUUCUGCUUCGACAUCUGAAGAACAUGUUUACAAAGAAUAAAAGAUUUGAAGACACAACUAUGAUUGGUAAAUGUAGGGCAACUAGUUCCUUAAAUAAAGAAUGAAAGAAACACAGAAAUCGAGCAAAAAAAAAAAAACACCACCAGUUUUGUGGUUCUAACAAUUUAAUGUCCAUUAAUUUUUUCACUUAAAAAUACAAGAAAUAUGUACACAAAAUUACAAACAAA